AUGGUGGCUCACUCUAGAAUUCUCCUCUCUAAGUGUUCCCAGUUCCGUAGAGAAGGAGAAUUUAUCGACAUACGUUUGAAAGUGGGUGAUACACUUUUCCCAGCUCACCGAGUUGUACUCGCUUCGUAUAGCGAUUAUUUCCACUCCAUAUUUACUGAUGGGAAAGAAACAAACCAGGAAGUGAUCGAAAUGAAAGAUAAAAGCAUUUCACCAGAGAUAUUCAAGAUUGUUAUGGACUCCAUCUACACUGGUGAUCUUCAUGUCAACCAGAAGAGCGUAUUUGAGGUUCUUCUUGCUGCUAGUCAGCUUCAAAUCGCAAGUGUUGUUCAACUGUGUUGUGAUUUCGUGAAGAAAGAAUUCAUAGAAAACAGAAUUGACCUGAAGAACUACUCCGUGUUGUGUACAGUCGCCGUAAGACUCGGUCUGAGAGAUCUGCAAGAGGCAGCAGAGGCCAAGAUGGCAUCCAUGUACAAAGAUGUUUGCGAAACUAAAGAAUUCCUGACUCACAUCAGUGCAGAUCAACUACUCAGCCUUCUUGGUCGAGAUGACCUCAAUUCACCCUACUCUAGUAUAUUUUUGGAGCCUUAAAUUGAAUACUUUCUUUGCAAAAAAAUUCCAGAAUGUCAGCUGAAAAGAGGAAUAUUCAAACAAUUGUGUCUUGUUUUAGGUGCUCGUUGCCAUUCACCCUACGAGCCGUGUAAGGGUACCCGAGGCAUCUCAAAAUGUAGAGAGCAUCGAGUACGGUGCGUAUAAUCGUAUGUCACCACAGUGUAUAGCUUAUUUCUUUGAUUUCGAAGCGAAGCUAUGGAAACCUUUGCCAUCUGUGGCACAACCAGAUGAAAAUACUAGAGCAAGCUUGUGUGCUGAACGCAUUGGAAACUACUUAUUUGUAGCUCAACAAAGGCAGGACACAGACACAGUUAAUUUCAUACAUCGAUAUGAUGUGGUAAAUAACUCAUGGGUUAAAUUACCAAAAUACGGAAACAACUACCUAGUUAAAUGCUUGUGUUCUGUUGGUGACUAUCUUUACGCCAUUAAUGAGUCAAAUCCUCCUCAAAGGUACAGUUUGACAAAUAACAGUUGGCAAGGUGGAGAAGGCUUAAAAGUGGUAGAAAACGAGGGGGAGUUAAGUACUGUAGCAGCAACAGUAAUGAACUCUAAAAUAUAUGUAAUUCAUGGUUAUCAAAAACUUGAAAGAGGUGGAGGAUGCCCCAGUUGGGUCAAUGCACCAACUGUGGUUCAUUGUUUUGACCCAAAAUAUAAUGUUUGGACAAAACUCGCAUCAACCUGCCAUCCCCGCUAUGGAUCCAGUCUUUUAGUUGUCAAUAACAGACUCUGUGUGGCGGGAGGAGGUAUUAAUGUUGUGGAAGUGUAUAAUGAACGUACUAACACCUGGUCUGUAGUGCCUCAGAAACAUAUUCCCCCAAACGGCUUGGGCGCAGUUGAAAUAGAGGGGAGGGUGUAUUUCAUCAUCAACAAAUUUCCAGUUGACAGUGGGAUUAGAAUUUCACCUGAGGAAAUGUAUCAAGUUGACUUAAGUGAUUGGGAAAACUUAGCAAAAGUCCUUAGUGGAGCAGUUUUGUGUUAUUUGCCAGUCAAGGGAGAAAACUUGAAGGGAACUUAG